AUGGCAACCGCUAUAGAUAUUUACACCAACAUCGUACCGGAUUUCCUCGAUCCAGAGCUGAUGAAAGCAGUUGAGUCUCUUAUGAAAAGUGAUUAUUUCUCUGCCUCUUCCGAAUCCGCUUCUCUCUCACGCCAAUCACACCCUUCUUCCUCUUCCUCCUCCUUUUCUUCUUAUUCUUAUUAUUCUCCCUUUACAUAUCCCUCCCCCAACCAAAUCAAGCUCAACCAACUCACCCCAGACCAAAUCCUCCAGAUUCAGGCCCAAGUCGGCAUUCAGCAGCACGUAGGCCUUUCGGGUCACCGUCAAAACCAAGCCCACCUGAGCCCAAAACGUCUCCCCAUGAAGCACGGCGGCGCGGCUGCGAAAGCCGCGAAGCUGUACCGCGGGGUGAGGCAACGGCAUUGGGGGAAGUGGGUCGCCGAGAUCAGACUCCCGAAGAACCGCACGCGCCUCUGGCUGGGAACAUUCGACACCGCAGAGGAAGCGGCGUUGGCGUACGACAAGGCAGCGUUUAAGCUCAGAGGCGAGUUCGCGCGCCUCAACUUCCCUCAUCUGCGACACCAAGGAGCGUUCGUUUACGGCGACUUCGGAGAUUACAAGCCGCUACCUUCUUCGGUGGACUCCAAGCUCCAAGCUAUUUGCCAAAGCUUGGCCAAACAAGAAGAACAAAAAAAGUGUUGCUCGGUGGAAGACGUGAAACCCGUGAUACAUGCUGCUGCUGAGCUGGCACAGGUGGAGUCCGACGUGGCGCAAUCCAACGUUUGUCCCGAGUUCGACAAGUUUAAGGUAGAAAAGGCGAACGAGAACGAGAACGAGAACGAGAACGACUACCCAACGUUGUCCUUGCCUGUGUCUGGGGAAUCUUCUUCGCCUGAAUCGGGUGUUACUUUCUUGGAUUUCUCGGAUUUGUCAGAUUCUAACUAUCAGUGGGAUGAAAUGGAGAGUUUCGGGUUGGAGAAGUACCCUUCGGUGGAGAUUGAUUGGGCGGCUAUAUGA